AUGGCAGAUCAGGCAUUUCAGAUUGUUAAUAAUUACCUUAUUCAACAUGUUCCACCAUUUUUUAUUCGUGUUAGUGAAAAAAAUGCGGCUUUAAUGAAAUCAGUUCAACCAUUAAUACAACAUGAAAGCCAACCGUGUGAAAAAAUAUUCACUGUUUUGUUUGGCUCUGCAAAUGAUGCAUGUCAAAUGUACGAAAUGACUAAAGGUGAUAAAUCAUUAAAUCCAACAACAGCAUCCACAGUUAUUGUAAAAUAUCCACAUUUAUUUCCAGAAUUAGAUAAUUUUAUCAAAAAGCGGCAGAAUUAA